AUGAAACUAAGCAUUGGCGGGAAUGUCUGCAAUGUAAUUUCUGAAAUGAUAGUGCUCUUUUUGGCUUUCGAUUUGCCUGCAUCGUUAAGCGAAAUACCGGUGAAGAUUAAAAGUUCGGAGAAUGACAACAGCACCGGAAGAACCGGCUCCAACAAAAACAGCAACUUCAGCAGCACGGACUACAAGCUCAUGAUGUUCCUGGACCCACCAAGUCCCUACAGACCCUUUCAGGAUAUUAACGUCACCUGUCUGAAAGUUUUUAACGCCAGCGAGAAGCAGACAGACAAGAGGUUGUACUUGUUUCAUCUGAUGGAGUUCGAUCCAGAUCCGGUCUUAUACAACCUCAGCAUCUCCUUUUCCAAUCUUUCAGUGGAUUCUAUCUUGAUUACACUGUAUGAGAAAGUCCAGAUCGAGCAAAAUAGUUCAGCCUUGAUCUGUUCGUCCUCUGGGAACAUCAGUGAUCCAACGAACGGAAUCUAUUAUCGACUCGGCCUACACGAUGCCCUGACCGAGGGCAGUGAGAAGAUGUCAAAGGUCAAGGUUCUUGUGUUCAUCAUGCUUGGACUGACCACCUUCAUAGUCGGCCUAUUCGUCAUCGUCACCCUGUUCAAGAGGAAGAGAACCAAUUACAGUUAUUUGGCGUAUUUGUAG